AUGGCCUCAACACCGUCCCCUGCCAUCACCUCUGGCGACCUCGCAGACCUUGUUGCAUCCUCGACGUCGGCAACGGUCUAUCCGACCGACGAGACCAUACUCUCCGUCCUCCAAGCACGAUUCCGAGCAGACUUACCCUACACCAGAGUCGGGACAUCGAAUCUCGUCGUCGUCAACCCGUACAAGGCGUUGGCCAAUGUGAACGAGGCGAGCGCGAAAGAGUACGAGGAGCGGUGUUACAAGGACACCAGCUUACCCUUGCCCGGUGGUCCUCCGCCUCUAUCACCACACCUGUACGAUAUCGCCGCUCGUAUGUACCUGCUCAUGCGAAGGAGGAACGAGUCACAGUCCGUCAUAUUUCGGGGAAACAUAGGCUCAGGGAAAAGCUUCAGCUCGCAACUCCUCGUCGAACAGGUCCUACGAUUGUCCACACACUCGAAGCGAGAGGCUCGGUUGGCAGAGCAGAUCAAAGCGCUCACUCCUCUGCUCGACUCGUUCGGAAACGCGAAGACGCUCAUUAACCCUAACGCAUCUCGUCAUGGGCGGUACCUCGAGCUACACUUCAACGAACGCGGUCGGAUCAGCUCUGGGAAGGUGUUGACGUAUGCUCUCGACAAAUCUCGUCUGAACCGCCUGUCGUUCGAGGAGCGCACGUACCAUGUGUUCUACCAAUUUCUGGCAGGGGCUACCCCGGAGGAGCGGGAUCGGUACGUGCUGGAGGAUCCGUCGGAGUAUGCGCUGCUCGCAUCCUCUGGGUGUUAUCGUUUACCGUCGGGCCCGUUCAGCGAUGACUCGAUCGCGAUGGAGGACUUGCGGGUGGCAAUGAAGACGUUGGGGUUUAAACCUAAGCACGUUUCGUCCAUCUUCAGUCUCCUGGUAGCCAUCCUUGUUCUCGGGAACGUGGAAUUUGGCGAAGCGGACGCGCGCGAUGUGUCUGCUUACGUUAUGAAUAUGGCCGUUCUUGAACACGCGGCGAGGUUGUUGGGAGUAGGUGCUGAGGAGCUAGCGGAGACAUUGACGAACAAGACGAGCUACGUUCGGAAGGAGCUGUACAUGGUGAUGCUCAACGCACAGCAGAGCGGAGCGCAACGCGACCAGCUGGUCCGAGACCUCUACGCGAUGCUGUUUGCAUUCGUCGUCGAGACGGCCAACCACAGGAUCGGUCCCAAUGGGCAAGAUCCUCCCCCACCGACUCAGAUUGUCCUGCUCGACCAGCCUGGGUUUCAGAUGAAGGGUCCCCCGAACUCGGCUUCGGUCUAUUUUGGUGGUCCUGCACCGUUGAUUUCGCCUCACGGUCAAGCCGGAUUCGACGAAUUCUGUAUCAACUUCGCGAACGAGAUCUUGCACUCGUACGUGAUCCGCAACGCUUUCGAAGAUACCGUCGGCUACAACGCGCAGCUCGCUGGGGACAGUGUUUCAUUGCCCGAGAUCACCACAAUGGACAACUCGGCGUGCGUCGAGCUGUUACGUGGCGCGCAGUUGAGCGAGCGGUCACAUCGCAAGCCUGGUGGUGUUCUUGGCAUCAUGAACAAGUCAUCGUCUUCGCACAGGUCCGGAAAGAGUGGGGACAAGAAGGACGAGGAGAUGCUACAGGACCUCGUGGCGAAAUUCAGUGGGCAUGCGUCGUUUGAAGCUCACACGUCGGAAGCCGGUGAACAUCUCGAGUUUGGCAUCAACCACUACGCCGGCCCGUGCGCUUAUGAUGUGCACGGUUUCAUCGAGAAAGAUGCAGAUGUACUCGACUCUGCAUUUGUUUCCGUUUUGCGCAACUCUUCCGAUGCGUUUGUUUCCAAGCUCAUGGCUGGUCCUAACCUUGCGACCGAGAGGCACUCCAAGGACGAGAAUAUCAUCGUGCAGGCGCAAGUCUCGUCACGACCUUUGCGACACCCGACUCCAAUUUUGGCCCGCGACGGUACUGCACCUUCGUCGGAAGAAGCACACUCGCACCUCGAUCCUGCGAAAGUGUACCCCAUCACCACACAGUUGAACCACACCCUCUCGGAGCUCAUGAGCAAUAUAGAUCGGACACAUUCGUGGAUCGUAUCUUGCAUUCGCCCGAACGACUCUGGAUCAUCAAAUUCGUUCGACAAACGGAGAGUGAAGGCGCAGAUCCGUGCUCUGCUUCUUCCAGACCUGGUCGCUAGGCGGAAGACAGAGUUUGUGGUGGAUUACGAGCACUCCGUCUUCUGCGACAGAUACGUACCGACUAUGAGGGGUUCGGAGGCAGAGCGGAUCAGACAGUGCGCAGCAUCGAAUGGUUGGCAAGAUGGCGUUGACUAUGUCAUGGGCUAUCGGAUGAUUUGGUUGACUUAUUCGGCGUGGAAAAUGGUCGAAGACGUCUUGCGAGCAGCCGAGAAGGAUCAGAAGAAGGGUUCGAGAGAGGGUGCGGAGGACGACGAGAGCGUUCUCCAGGACGACACAACGGAUUACACGCACACUCAGCACGAUGCGUCGUUCUCUGCGCCUGGUGGAUACUACGGCGCUGGAGGGAGUGACGACAACUUGCUACUCGCCCGCACUGGAACCAACGGGUCCCGAUAUCUCGAUCCUAACAUGAGUCCUGGCUACGCACAGGGCGGCCUGUCAUCGCCUCAAGUCGGCGGUGGUUUGGCGAAUAGCGAGCCAGAUGGUGAUGGAUGGGGUUCCGAAUGGGAUAAGAAGGGCGGAGACUACGACAGCCCGCCUGCCUUCGAGUCAAAAGAGAGCGGUGGCAUAAUCGUCAAAGAUGCACCGAAUGCCGUGGAGGAAGUCCCGUCGAGUCGCUCUCGUCGCAACUGGCUACUGGUCGUCUGGUUGAUGACAUUCUGGAUCCCGGACUUCUGCUUGACGAGGAUCGGUCGCAUGAAACGCCCUGAUGUCCGACUCGCCUGGCGCGAGAAAUUCGCGAUCUUCGUCCUCAUCGUCGCGUUCAAUGGCUUCGUCAUCUUCUACAUCGUGGAGUUCGGACGUCUACUCUGUCCAAACUACGAUAAGGCUUGGAAUCCCAGCCAGGUUGCUCAACACACUGGUACCAACGAUUACUACGUCUCUAUUCAAGGACAGGUCUAUGAUGUUUCCAACUUCGUUCAGGGGGAUCACAGCGAUAUCCCGGGUCUGGUCAGCAACGACGCCGAUACUUUGGACAUCCUAGCAGGUCAAGACCUGACAGACUACUUUCCACCGCCGCUGACACUCGCCUGCCCUGGUCUCGUCACUGAUACUAGUCUGCAGCUUACGUAUAAGAACUUCACACCACAGGCUCCGAACGCCAUGCAUAUCUCUGGUAAAAUGCAGGGUGCUCAGAACACCGCUCUCGACUCUGAGAACUGGUAUACCAGCGUCUUCCAACCGAAAAUAGCCGAGUUCCACAAGGGUGCGCUCGUAUGGGAAAAGAGCGACAUCGAAGGUCAAGCCGCAAGUACGAAUAACGACCAGCGCCUAUGGGCCAUUUGGAACAACGGCAUUUAUGACUUGACGGACUACGUCAAUACCGUGACUGUCAACGAGGGGAUGAAUCUGUACGCUUUCCUGAGCCCAGAUUUGACUAGCUUGUUCAAGCAGCAACCGGGCCAAGAUCUGACGUCGUCCAUCAGCAAAGUGCUUGCCACCAUGAACGUGACGUAUCGCGAGCAGAAUGUGAAUUGCAUGAACAACAUGUUCUACCUGGGAACGACAGAUUUCCGGAACACUCCGCGGUGCCAAGUGCAGAAUUAUCUUCUGCUGGCGUUCUCGUGUAUCCUAAUGUCCUCCAUGGGAUUGAAGUUCCUCGCUGCACUCCAGCUCGCACCGAAGGGAACACCGGAAAUGCUCGACAAGUUCGUGAUAUGCCAAGUCCCCUGUUACACUGAGGGCGAAGAGUCCUUACGGCGUACCAUCGAUUCGCUUUCUGCUCUUCAUUACGAUGAUAAGCGCAAGCUCAUUUUCCUCAUCUGUGAUGGCAACAUCAUCGGUACUGGCAACGAUCGGACUACGCCUCGUAUAGUGCUUGAUAUCCUCGGUGUGGACCCCAAACUAGAUCCUGAACCAGUGCUCUUCAAAUCAGUAGGCGAAGGAUCGAAAGCGCUCAACUACGCUAAGGUCUACUCCGGUUUGUAUGAAUUCGAGGGGCACGUAGUGCCGUAUGUGGUGGUUGUCAAGGUCGGCAAGCCAACGGAGCGUACCAAGCCCGGCAACCGUGGAAAGCGCGACAGUCAAAUUGUGUUGAUGCAGUACCUCAACAGGGUUCACUUCGAUGCGCCUAUGUCGCCGCUUGAGCUCGAACUGUAUCAUCAGAUGCGAAACGUCAUCGGUAUAGAUCCAGCGUUCUAUGAGUACAUCCUCACGGUCGAUGCUGAUACUGCGGUAUCUCCGGACUCCCUGAAUCGCCUUGUUGCAGCAGCAGCAGAUGACUCAAGUAUCAUUGGCAUUUGUGGUGAGACGAAGCUGGACAACGAAGAAGGCUCUUGGUGGACAAUGAUUCAGGUGUACGAGUACUACAUCUCCCACCAUCUCUCCAAGGCCUUCGAGAGUUUGUUCGGCUCCGUGUCUUGUCUUCCUGGUUGUUUCUCGAUGUACCGCAUUCGGACGGCUGACAAGGGUCGCCCAAUCAUCAUCUCCAACCGCGUCAUUGAGGAGUAUUCGGACCCCAUCGUGGAUACGCUACACAAGAAGAAUCUGUUGUCUCUCGGUGAAGAUCGUUAUCUUACGACUCUACUCCUCAAGCAUUUCCCUACGUUCAGGACGAAGUUCACCCCCGAUGCCGUUGCUCGUACGAUAGCCCCCGAGUCCUGGCGCGUUCUGUUUUCCCAACGUCGUCGAUGGAUCAACUCCACCGUUCAUAACCUCUGCGAGUUGGCCUUCCUGCCUGAACUAAUUGGCUUCUGUUGUUUCUCAAUGAGGUUUUUUGUCUUCAUCGAUAUCGUGGGUACUCUGAUCUUGCCUGCGACAGUCGUAUACUUGCUAUAUUUGAUCAUCACCGUUUCCACGGGAAGGGGGGCAUUACCUAUUAUCUCCAUCGUCAUGUUGGCAGCUGUUUACGGCUUACAGGCUCUGAUCUUCCUUAUCAAGCGAGAAUUUAUGCUCAUCGGUUGGAUGGUUGUCUACAUCCUUUCCUUUCCGAUCUACAGUUUCUUCUUACCGCUGUAUUCCUUCUGGUGCAUGGACGAUUUCAGUUGGGGUAACACGCGUCUGGUCAUCGGUGAGGGUACUAACAAGAAAGUCAUCAUGAACGACGACGAGAAGUUCGAUGACUCGAUGAUCCCUCUAAAGAAGUUCAGCGAGUAUGAGGCGGAGGCCUGGGAGACGGGCUCGCGGCACUCAGAUGAAACUAGCUACAGCGGUAAACCUCAAUCUCAAGCUAAAUCACGGUCCCAUGCUCCUCAGUCAAGAACGGCUUCGCCUCUUAGCUUCCACCAGGCAUCUAAUACUGGAGAUUACUACCGUGAUACCAACCUGACAGAUCCGAAUGGCUCUAAUCCUCGCGGUAGACCUUCGCAGACCAACCUAUCGCACUACGGUGGGCAGCAGGCCAUUUCGCAUUAUGCUCUGCCUCAACUACCGUUCGGGCCAACGAGUGUUCACGGGUCUGUCGCUGGUUCCGAAUACGGUGCACCAAUUGCCAUGCCUGGGCCAAUUCCAUACCAGAACACUGCCAGCGUCUACGGCAUGAUGCCUACAGCUCCUCGCAAUACCGUCAUGACGAGUCUCAACAUGUUCGGAGGCGAGGGUGACGUGCACGGCUCACAAGGUGGAUUCGCCCCUCCUACAUUCCCCCCGGGAAUGCAACGACCGACGUCAACAUUCUCUCUUGCGACCUCGGUGAAUCCGUUCGCUGGGCCAAGUAUGAAUCCAGAUCCCAGCGACGACGACCUCCUCACUGCUUUGCGAAACUUCCUGAGUACGCAAGAUCUCAUGACAGUUACGAAGAAGACUGCUCGGGAAGCCAUCCAGGCACGAUUCCCGAAGGCGGAUCUCGCAAGUCGAAAGCAGUUCCUGAAUGACUCGAUAGACAAAAUCCUUUCACAGUCAUGA